AUGUUGACUAAGUUAUUAUUAGCUCGUGUUCUCUCUCUCACUCUCUCUUUCUCUCUCGAUUUUCAUGUUGUUAAUUUCCUAUUCUCAAUUGCUGCUAAAUAUUGGUCGCAGGCAUUGGUAAAAAUUGGAUUCUCGCUGGACUCUCCUGCUUUUUACACUGUCUGUGAGAGUUUUGAUCAAAAGAAGAAUGGAAGAUUCAGAUUAGAUGAUUUCAUAUCUCUUUGUAUAUUUUUGCAGUCAGCUCGUAAUAUGUUUGAUUCAUUUGAUACUGCUAAGCAGGGCCGGGUGACUCUUGAUCUCAACCAAUUUGUAUAUUGCAUAAGGGAACGCAAAAAAAGAAAAGAAAGAAAAACGACUCCAGUUGAUGGCAAAUUUAAGCUUCACCACCGCCUCCACCACCUCCAACAGACCAAGCUUCAGAUGCAAAUUUAAGAGAGUCGCCAUCUAUUUCAGUUCGGGAGUCACAAGAUGAUUCUUAGUUUAUUUACAUUAAUUUACUAAGGAAUGUACUUUAUGAAUUUUUUUUUUAUUUUGGUAGGGGUAACCUUAAAAUGAUAACUUAAUGACUUAUUUUAGUAUUGAAUAUUAUAAAGAAUUUUAGCAUUAAACAUUUUAUUAUUGAAUGGUU